AUGGCCGCGCUGGACCCAGGAGCGCUUUUGACGAAGAGGGCGUUUAUGGGGAACGACGGCCUUCUGCACAAGCUGCAGUCCAGCGACGAGUUUAUCAGUCUGCGAAGCCAGGAGGACACGCCACGCGCGCGGAUGCCGGCGUUGUUCAGAACGGGCCGCAAAAAGCCGACGGCAGCAGACCAGGAAGCGGUGAAAGUUUUCAGCGCACGGCUGGAACAGCUCCAGCGGAGCUUUGGCUGGGAGCCUGGCAAGACCCCGUCCACAGCGCGGAGUCUGGAGGUGUCUGCGCCCUUUGCUGGUGGUGACGCGGAUCCGCAGCGGCGGCUCAAGGCCGCGGAGCAGAUGCUGGCCUGGUCCUUCGCCAAGACCACGGCUAGGACUGGCAGGGAGUGGCUGCAGGGCUUUAAGAUCCAAUUCACCGGCGACGACGCCGGCAUUGAUCACGGUGGCCUCACCAAAGCCUGGGUGCAGGAGCUUGGUCAUGCGCUUUGGGGCAGCGAGACCUUCUUUGACACACAUGCGGCUGGAAACUUUUUUAAACUUGACAGCACUACUGAUGUUGUAAUGCAUGCCUUUCAUGUGAAGGCAGAGUCCUUGUACAGAUGGGUUGGUCACUUUCUCGCCUAUGCUGUUUAUCAGGGCUGCGUCUUGGACUGUGCUUUAAGCCCAUGGGCGCUGCGGUGGCUUAUGCGGGUCAGCGACACACAGGCGGCCUUGCCCUCCAUUUUGGCAGCAGUGGCGGGAUCCUGGAGACGUGAUGGGGACGACACCAAGAUCGCAACCAUCUCUGGAUCUGUGCUCCUAUCGCACAUGGAUGACAAGCAGGGGCUGCCUCCAGAGAUACAGCUUCGUGCGUCAGGUAGGCGCAUGUAUUCUGUCAGUUUCCCUCGGGCUGCGUGCGAUGGGUCGAGGCAAGCAGGCAAACGGCCCUGGCCAGGUGAUCGGAUAGAGGCGGACUUUGAUGGCGACAUUGAGAGCGCAGAGUUGGUCGAGGGCAGAAUCCACUGGAGCGAUGGUGAUGUCUGGCUGCGUUGCUCGGACAGCCCGGUGCAUUUGCACGCAGCCUUGCCGGUCUACGAACCCACGGCUGCUGGGGAUGAUCAGCUUUUGGAAGACCUUGCGACCAUGGACCCAGCCAUGGCCAACAGUCUCUGGCGUGUUCGCUAUGAGAUGCCUGAAGAGGACCUGCAGUGGCUGACCUUCUCUUAUGCUGGGAAGGAGCUUGUGCCCGGAGGCGAUGACAAAGAGGUUGAUGCAUCCAACCGUGCGGAGUAUGUAAGACUCUGCUGCAAAGCCGCGUUGAUGUACUCCUCACAGAGGGCGCUGCAAGCCUUCAGCGAUGGCUUCUUUGACGUUCUUCCGCCCAGCAUGUUUCAAGGGGCUCCGGUGGACAUCUUUCAGUGGCUUUUGCUGGGCAAUGCUCAGAUUUCGGAUGGGCAGAUAGACAAGCUGGAGCAACUAGUUAUACCAGAUGGGCUGGUGCCAAAACACCUCAAAGAUAGCGCUGAAGUGAUGGACUCUGCCAAGUGGGCCUUUCAAAUCAUACGAAGGGGUGAUAACAACUUCAGGUCAAGGCUCUUCGAAUUCUGGACGGGCAGCGGGCGACUUCCUCUUGGGGGUGUGGAGGCCAUCGAGCCGAAGCCCAGGCUGCAGGUGAUGGUCUCUCAGGAGAAGCAGCUGGUGCCCGCCAACUACGUUUGGGACGUGCAGAUUCCAGGUGGCUGGCGGGAGUACAGCCCGCAGAUGUGUGCCAACCUGACGAACAUGGCUGAGGCUGGCCUGAGGAUGUGCGAGUUUGGCACGGGCCAUGCAAUGGUAGUGAUUGAUCUCGGGGCUGGCCUACAAAUCAGCAGACGCACGGGGGAGCGACGCCGUAUCCGGCGUCGGCAAUUGCAGUCGGAUGAGAGCAGCGUGCCGGUCAUCGUUAAGAGGAUUGACUCGUGGCCAAAGACUCGGCUACCAGAAGGGCACACCUGCGGCAAUGAGUUGUGGAUUCCCUUUUGUGACUCAGAGGAGGAGUUGGCCGAAUUGCUCAACAUGGCAGUGAUGAAUUUUGAGGCCGGCUUUGCGAUGAGCUGA